ACACGGCUCCAAGAAUCUUCUCCAGUGCUUGGCUAGCUGGAUAACAUGCACACAGCUCUUUUAUCUCGCCCACAUCUGAACCAUGUGGCAGUGUAUGAUCCAAAACUGGCCUCUGGCCAGCUUUACGUGCGGAGAUUGGAGAAGGAGCCAUGGCUUCCUUCCCCGGUGGUUUCCUCGCGGUCGCCAUCCUUUCUCUGCUGGCGAGCGCCGCCCGCGCGCAGCUGUCGCCGGCCUUCUACGCGACGACGUGCCCCAACCUGGAGACCAUCGUUCGGUCGGUCAUGGCCCAAGUCGUCGCCCAGGAUCCUCGGAUGGGCGCCUCCAUGAUUCGCCUCUUCUUCCAUGACUGCUUUGUGAAUGGCUGCGAUGCAUCCGUCCUCCUGGACGACACACCGACGAUGGCCGGCGAGAAGAACGCGAUGGGGAACAUGAACUCCCUCCGCGGCUACGAAGUCGUCGACGCCAUUAAAUCCAGAGUGGAGGCGGCAUGCCGGGCGACGGUGUCCUGCGCCGACGUCGUCGCCCUCGCCGCGAGGGAUUCGGUGAGCCUGCUCGGGGGGCCGUCCUGGACGGUGACGCUGGGCCGGCGCGACGCGAGGGUCGCGAGCAAGGACGCCGCCAACGCCAACCUCCCGCCGGCCUCCGACAACCUCAGCAGUCUCAUCAGUAAGUUCGCAGCAAAGGGCCUCGACCUGCGGGACCUGACGGCGCUCUCCGGCGCGCACACCGUUGGCGUGGCGAAGUGCAGCAGCUUCCGGCCCCACGUGUACAGCGACGCCAACGUCGACCCCGGGUUCGCCCUGUUCCGGAAGCGGCUCUGCCCGACCGUCGGCGGCGACGCAAACCUGGCGCCACUGGACCCCACCAGCCCGAACCGGUUCGACGUCAGCUACUACCGCGACCUGAUGGCCCGAAGGGCGCUGCUGCACUCCGACCAGGAGCUGUUCAACGGCGGGCCAGCGGAUGAGCUGGUGCGGCUGUACAGCUCCAACGGCGGGGCUUUCGACAGGGACUUCGCGGCGGCCAUGGUGAAGCUGGGCAACAUUAGCCCCUUGACGGGGUCCGCCGGGGAGAUCAGAUUGAAUUGCCGGAAGGCGAACUGAUGAUAUUGCACGAAUUCUUUACUGCAAGUAGUCAUACAACAUUUUUAUACGUGUACGUAUGCAGAAAGAAUUUGUGAAGACUACCCAUUCGGGAGUCGGAUUUUAUUA